AUGUUAGACGCUGAUGAGCCGUUUAAGCCUGACCAGGCUUACGAAUAUUUUAUUAAUAUUAGAAAAACAAAGAAAAAAGUAGCUAGAAAAGAAAAUCGUUCUUUGAGGUAUAGCGGUGAAGUAGGAUAGAAAAGGGAUAUAGUGGCUAUUUGCGGUGACAAAAGAUUUGAGUGGGCACGAAAUGCGACAGUAGCGUUCGCUCGAGGUAUACAACAAAGGCUGGCCAGACCUGGCAAUUACGUUUUGGGUGAUAGAAUGUUGCGGUUAUCAAAUAUAAUUUUAGACGAUAUAUGUGGUUACAUGAAUAUGAAAACUCCAUCUAGGCGAUGCAUUCAUCCCAAAGCAAAAUUUAUGAUGGAAAUGGCUGAUAAGGUAACAGUUUGGAUAGACGAAAUUUUGGCGGAGAGUGAAGACCGUAUGCUGAUGAUGGACUUCGAUGAGGAUGAAGAUCAAAUAAGAGCUGAUGAAGCAGGAGAUACAGGAUUCACAGACGACUUUCUGAAUAUGAUGAGCGAUGUAACUCAAUCAGCUUAUUUAAAAUUUACCGGUGAAAUGCUUGAAGCUUUUAUAAUUUUAACGGAUUCGAUGUAUGCGAAGGGAGAAGAGAAUCUGCUUUCAUACGGAAAAUUUAACCAAACCUUUUCAGAAGCAGCGGAUGAAUUAAAACAGGCACCUGAUUUCGAAGCAACUGAAUACAGUACAGUUUUAGCAACUGAAUUAAAAAACAAUCUUGCUGCUGUUGCUAAACCUAAUACACCUAAUAAUAUCGUUCCUUUCAUGAAAGAUAUGGUUGAAAUUUGUUCAAAUUACCUUGCUCAAAAUGCCGAAUUUAGCAAGGAUAAAGGACCUGCCUUUAAAAUAUUACUGAAAGCAAUGCAAGAAAAAAAGAAUGAGCAAUUGUACCAAAAAGGGAAAGCCAAGCGCACUUACGCAAAAGCUGCAUCAGAACUCAAAAAUGCUAAAGGCUUAGAAUCCGAUUACGAUGACCCUAAUUUAUCUCAAGACAUCCAUUCAAAAUUAUCGCAUCUAGUUGCUACUCAAACACCGGCUGAUCUGAAAAAAGAUAUGUCAGAGACAUUAGACGCCUGCUCCAAAUAUUUGUCACAAGCUGCAACUGAUGAAAUUGAACGCGGUCCAGCAUUUGAUAUAUUAAUAAAAGAAUUGGAAAAAAAGGGAGCUGACCCGUUUAUGCCACAAUACAUACCACUAGCAUCAAAUUUUGCUACAGCAUAUGUGUUAAAAUCAGCUCCAGGUUUUAGUUCAGUAUUACCAGAUCCAUCAACAGCACCAAUGUUUGUCAACGCUCUACAUAAGAUUGUUGAUACAGUUACGCCAAAAUCGUUAGUUAUGGACAUGCGAGAUGUAAUUCUACGUUGUUCUAAUUAUUUGUCAGCGUUUAUGAGAGACAGAGAUAGAGCAUUUGAAUCUCUCAUAAAGAUGAUGAAGAGUAAUGCAAACAAGGAAUUAGCGAAAAGAAAUAAUUACGCCAUGAAUUAUGGAACUGGAGCUAACGAGUUAGACGCUGCUCCAACUAUAAUACCUUAUAUGCCAGUUAAAGAUAUAGCCGAAGAAGCGAGAAAGAACUUGACUAAAGAUAUGGAAAGCAAUACUCCAGCCGAAAUGCAGAUACCUGUAAAAGCACUAAUCAAAGAUGUAUCUAAAUUUCUAUCUCAACCGAUUGCUAUGCGAAGUGGUAUAGCCGGUGAAAAAUACCCGCUAAAUUUCUUAGCAGCCGUUAAGAAAUCUCUAGGGACAAGACCACUUUAUAAAUACAAGUGUUUCGGACAAACUUAUACCGACGCCGCUGACGAGUUAAAGUACGCUGGUCAGUUAGAAUCCAACCCCAAAUGUGAAAAUUUGAAAGCAGAAAUUUCAUCAGAAAUGAAGCGUGGAAUUCCAACUAGAUUAGCUUCAACAAUCACCAGUAAUUUAAAUGAUACUAUGGAAGACGCUUCGAAGCACUUGGCUAAAGUUGGAACUGAUAAAGGCGAAGCCUUGCAACAUUUGGUCAAUUUGAUGAAAGAAGAAGGCGAAACUCCACUAGGCCAAAUACAAGGAUAUCAACAAAGCUAUAAGGAUGGGGCAAGAAGAAUUGAGAAUGCGCCCACUUUAACUAACGAAAAGGUUGACAAGGGAGCUUAUGAGCUUGUAAGAGGAAAAUUGACCAAUUUAACAGAAAAGAAACCAUCUCCUGAUCAUAGUAAAGAAAUGCCAGCUAUUGUUGACGAAAGUUCUAAGUUUUUGGCUUCUCCGUUUCCGGAGAAUGAAGCUGAAAAAAGACGUCUAUUAGCUGAUCUAAUGGCUAGAAAAGGUGACGAAAUAUUGGGUCAUGGGGGAAUUUAUAAACUAACUUACACAGAAGGAGGAGAAGAAAUUAUGAAUGCUCCUGUGGGAUUCGUCAAGGCGCAAGAUGAAAAUACUAAAAAGGAAAUACUUCAAAAAGUAAACUCAGUAAUACCUGAAAAAAAGUUACAAAAUUUACUUAAAGAACCAGCAAAUGAAGGUUCUACUUACUUAAGCGAUAUAAUAAAAGGGAGAGGGGAAGCUAUGCAAGUCUUACAUGACGAAAUGAAGAAAGAAAAUGACAAAGAUUUGAUAACUGUUGGCAAAUUCUCAAAAACUCACGGACAGGGAGCUGAAAUGCUAAAAACUGCUCCACAUUUUGGUGGGCAAAAUCCAUCACCUGUGUUAGUUGACAAAGUUAGUGAAAAGAUUAAAAAACUUUCAACUUCUGGAGUUUCAGAAACGGCUAAACCGUAUAUUUCAGAUGCCUCAGAAAUUACUACUCAAUACAUUGCUGGAAUAGCAACCAAAGAAUGUGGACUUAAUGCAAAAGCUCUUGCGGCGUUAGACGAAGAAAAAAAAGUCGGAGGAAUGAGUGGUAAAAGUGGUGUUAGUGACGUUGCUAGUUCUAGUAGAGCCACUGCUGGUUUUGGAGAAGGAUCGCAUAAAGAUGAUGAUGAAAGAAGAAGACAACAGGAAGAGGCAGAAAGAAGACGACAACUAGAAGAGGCGCAAAGAAGACGGAAACAGUUAGCAGAUGAGAGACUUCGUCGUGUAGCAUCAGGACAAGAGCUUGAAUUUGACCCAGAACAUGAGCAAGCAAUGCAAAUACUUCACAGUCAGUUACGCGCGCAUGGUGGUGAAAUAUUUUAUAAGCAACCACAGACGGAAUUGACACAUGUACAGGCUUCAGAAUGGCUCUCAAUGAAACCACCUAUGAAGGUGGACAAAUCUGUAAAGGAAUCUGGAGACACUGCACGCCUUCAUAAAAAAUUUGAGCGCAAACUUAGCAACAUCGUCAGUAAGAGCACGCCUCCGGAAAUGUAUGAUACGAUGCAAGAUGUAAUAAUUGAAUCUGCAAGAAUCCUUUCGGAAUAUUUCGUCUCGCAAAAUUACAAGAUGCUCGUACGUAUAGCUCUUAUAUUAGAAAUGCAGAAACGAGGAAAUGAAAUUCUUAUUGAAGCUAACGAUAACGCCGAAACCUUUUUCUUUGCUGCACAAAGGUUGAAAAAGGCGACUUCUUUAGAAGUGACUGAACCAUGCUUGCAAAUAUCUUAUCAUUUGGUAAAAAAAUUAGAAGACAUCAUGAAAUGUCGCUCAAUGGCCCGAAAGUUGACAUCAGCUUUAAAAGAUGAACACAUUGAGGCAUACGUUUGUUUACUUAACGAAAUGGAAGCAGCAGGGGAUCGUUUACUUAUUGAAGGAGACAUUUCUAAAUCGUAUAAAGACGCCGCAGCGUACCUCCGACAAUUAACAUCCUUUCAAGAUUUGAUAUGUUUACCGAAUCCCAAGUCACAAUCAAAUAUAGAGGGAAAACUCAAGGCACUUAUGGCUAAUGUCGCCGCAGAUGGUUAUAAUAAAUCCACAAUUGACGGUGUUAUAAGUGAAUCAACUAAGUUGCUCGUAUCAUACAUCAUGCUUCAAGGAAUUAAGACUGAAGCGUUCAAAAUAUUAAUAGAUGAAAUGGAUCGGGAAAGAGAUUAUGUUCUGUUACGUCACGGAAAUAUUCGCAAAACUUAUACAGACGGUGCCGACUUGUUACGUUCUAAAAACGCUGAUCAACUAAACGUGCAAGGUGCAGAUCCCGUAGUGGCAAGAAAGAUACAAAUAAAACUUCUUACUUUGAUGGACUUGAGCACUCCUGACAAAUAUCGCACAUUAAUGGAUGACGUAAUCGAAGACGUUACAGCGUAUUUAGCUGUCCAUUUCCUGCAACCACAGGUGAUACAAGUUUGCAAAUGCAUAAAGGAUGUAUUUGUACAGUGUGAAUUAUGGAGCGAUGAAAUAUUGCGUCGGGUUACAAAACCCUGCUGUACAUGUGCCCGUCACAUUUCUGCACAAACCCUUAUGGACCUAAGUCCUGGUAUGUCUAGGCCUCCUCAUGGGAUAGAUAUAUCUAUAACUCCAUGUCCAUCAAAGUCAAACAGGAUAUACUUAAACGAAAGCGAAAAACCAUAUGAUCAGUCAUGCCCAGCAAAAAAACCAAUUGAUGAUUGUAACAAUAAUACGAUUUCGUAUCUUGUACAUUCAACUGAAUGUCAUCGACGACGUCAAAGUUUGACUCUAGCGAGAGCGCCACCGACAUUUUUUAGUACACCUGAAACACCAUCGUGUUCAUCAAUGAAUGCUGUUUGUAGUACAAAAUCUUACGCCGAUAAUACGCAAACCUCAGAAAUACAAGAAGUAACACCUACUGCAGAAGAUAAAAUGCAAGAAACUGGCACUUCGUCGCCAGGUUCAUUUCAUACUCCCCAAUCAACUAUUUCUGAUUCAAAAGGUCAAAACAAAGAUGCUAUUUUCUGGCAAUCACCGACCGCUAUGCUAGCAAGAAUAUAUACUCCAAUAAAAAAUGAAAUGGAAUCAACAACACAAGCAAUUAAAUCUACGAAUUCCAUAAAUCGAUCCAGAAGUAUAGCUUCAGCGAAACGCGGAUAUAAUGCAAGAGCUCCUAUUGUAACAACAGAUCAAAUGUCUGAUUGGCAUUCCAUGAUGGUUAGUUUAAUGUGGAAUGUUCAGGCUUGGCGCGAUUGGAUACAGGAGAACAUAGAUAGAGCUGUAACCAAUCCAAGUCACGCUAGUACUAUGUUAGAUGAAACUUGGACGAAGUUCCAAAGACAAGUCACAAUUGAAGCUUUGCAAUGGAGACAAUAUAAUAAUUUUAGCCGGCAGUUAACACUCCGUCUCGCUCAACGAUAUAGAGAUAAAAAAAUUGUAUCUCCAACUAGAGCUACGCUUAAGACCAAAGCUUAUAUGGAAUGUCAGGAUGAAAUGUUUGAUAUUAUCGAUAUGUUUAGCCGUUGGACGCAUUGGUUGACUGCUGUAGUAAAGGAAACAGAUACUCUAAAACAACCAACGAGUAAUAUUUUGGAAUGUAAUUUGAAAUGGAAUCAUUUUAAGAGCAAAGUAGAAGAAUAUUUGGAAGAUUGGAACAAAUACAAUAUGCAUUUAAAAGUAUGCUGGGAGCAAAAAUACAAGUUGAUUGCAGACUGGCUCCCAGGCUGGAGCCAUUCAGGGCCCGUGUGGGUCGUGAGCGCUUGCGGCGCGGUGCCUGGCGGUGCAGUGGCUGCCGGUGUCUACGAGGGAGAGGUCAUCUGGGUAGCACGGACUACACACAGAUGCAACGUCGUACCCGGCGCUCUAUAUCCAUCAAAACAUUGUUGCAUUGUGUACAGUAAUGGCGGAGUUCAUCAUUACACUAAAUACCAGGUGAUGUGCAACGCGUCGGUGUCGUGGGUGGCGUGUCGCGCGGGCGAGGGGGGUGAGGAGGGCGCGGCGGUGUGCGGCGGGGCGGGGGUGCGCGCGGUGCGCGUACGCGACGGAGUGUUGGUCGGGCGCGUGCUGUACCGCGGCUCGCACCUCGUGGGCGCCGUGCACGCGCCGCACUACCGCUGUCACGUCGUGAUCUUCGACCGCCCCUUCGCUUUCAACUGCUACGAACUUCUCGUCCUCGACGAACGAUAG